AUGUUCUCAAAGGCCUUGUCCUCCUUUACCUCAAACAUCACGAGCAACUAUACCUUGUCAAACCAACCGACUAGUACCGCCGGGCCAUGGAAGAUCUUCGACGCCAAGCGUAAAGCCACUGGCAAAGCAGCCUCCGUCUUCGUCUUCGACCCCAAAACUCUGGUACCCCAAGGCGGCUCUCUAGGCGGACGCGGAGGCGGCGCAGCAUCCCUCAAACGUGCUCAUGAGGAGGUGGUGGAAAGAUUGAGAAGGGAAGCGAGUAGUCUGGCUCGGUUACGACAUCCGAGUAUCCUCGAGCUGCAGGAGCCUGUGGAAGAAACGAGGAAUGGCGGAGUGAUGUUCGCGACCGAGGCCGUAACGGCUAGUCUGGCUGGAAUACUGCAGGAGAAAGAUGAGCAGGAGCGGGGCGUGGGCCAGGGGAGGGGUUCUAGAUUUGUGGUGGAAGAUCCUACAGAUGGGACGAGACGGAGGAGGGAACUAGAGAUCGAUGAGCUCGAGAUCCAGAAAGGAUUAUUGCAACUGGGGAAAGGUCUGGAGUUCUUGCACGAGAGUGCCGGACUCGUCCACGCGAACCUCACCCCCGACGCUGUCCUCAUAAACGCAAAAGGCGACUGGAAGAUCUCCGGCCUCGCCUUCUGCGGCUCCCACGAAACCAGCACCUCCGCCACCGCGACAACAAUGCCAGCAAUAAACCUCCACGAAGUCCUGACCCACGACCCUCGUCUCCCCCAAAUCGUCCAACUGAAUCUCGACUACACCUCGCCCGACUUCGUCUUAGACAACCAUCUCACCCCUUCAGCCGAUAUUUUCAGUCUCGGCCUGAUAAUCCUAGCACUCUACAAUACACCGCACAACAGCCCCCUUAACACCGGAAACUCCCUCUCAACUUACAAACGCCUCUUCGCCUCCUCCACUAGCAUCCCAACCCAGCAUAACAACUACCUCAUCCCCUCCUCCGCUCAACCCCUCCCACCUCGCCUAGCAACCGAACUCCUCCCACGCCUCAUCACGCGCCGGCCCGCCCAACGUCUGACCGCGCGCGAGUUUCAGGAGGCGUCCUACUUCGACAACAUCCUCGUCUCCACCAUCCGCUUCCUUGACGCUUUACCCGCUAAGACCACGGCGGAGAAACUCGCUUUCCUGAGAGGUUUGCCGAGGAUAAUGCCGCAGUUCCCGAAAUCCGUCUUGGAGAAGAAGGUUCUACCCGCGUUGUUGGAGGAGAUGAAGGAUCGGGCGUUGUUGGCUCCGAUAUUGACGAAUGUCUUUGCUUUGGUCAAGGUGAUGCCGACGGGGAAACGGGCGUUUGGGGGUGUGGUUGGGCCGAAGCUGAGGGAGGUGUUUGUCGGAUCUCACCCUUCUGUCACUGCCAAGGCGGGUAGAGAAAGCGAGCAAAGCGAUAAGGAGCGAGAUACGACCAAAGACCCCGCCCUCAUGGUCCUCCUGGAGAACAUGUCCCUCGCCGUCUCCAACAGCACGGGUAAAGAAUUCCGCGACGAUCUCUUGCCUAUCUUCCUCUUGGCCCUGGACUCCCCUACCCAUGGCCUUGUGGACGCGGCGUUGAGCAUGCUGGGAACGGUGCUGCCGGUGUUGGACUUUAGUACGAUUAAGCAUGAGGUUUUCCCCGUGAUUGCGGCGGGGUUUGCACGGACGAGUAGUUUGGCGAUUAAGGUGAGGGGUUUGGAGGCUUUUGGGGUGCUUUGUGGAGGGGGUGUUGGUGCUGGUGCUUUGGGGGAGGGGGAUGAUGAUUGGGGAGGUGAUGAUUUGGAUGGUAUUGCGAUCCUGGACAAAUUCACGAUCCAGGAGAAAAUCGUCCCUUUGCUCAAGGGGAUCAAGACGAAAGAACCGGGCGUCAUGAUGGCCGCUCUUCGCGUCUUUCGCCAGGUCGGUGAGGUGGCGGAUAUGGAGUUUCUUGCCAUGGAGGUUCUGCCGCAGCUGUGGAGUAUGAGUCUCGGCCCGCUGUUGAAUUUGGAGCAGUUUCAGGCUUUUAUGGGGUUGAUAAGGAGGAUUGGGGGGAGGAUUGAGAGGGAGAGGGUGGAGGGGUUGAGGGGGAUGGGUGGGUCUGCUUCGGGGGGUGUGGGGGUUGGUGGGGGUGGGGUCAGGAGAGGUGGGAAGGGUGGAGUGCAGGGGGGUGUCGGUGGGAUGAAUGGGAUGGAGGCGGGGGUGGGCGAGGAGCAGGAUUUCGAGAGUUUGGUUUCUGGGCGGAGUAAGACAGUGGCCAAAGCUGGAGGGGACGAUCUCAUGGACGGCUUUGGAGGUGUCGGGCCGACUAUCCAGCCCACGUCUGGAGCUGUUCGGACGGCGUCCUCGACACUCCAGUCCCGGGCCAACGAUACGCCUACGUUCUCCUGGCAAAGCCAAUCCUCUGUUCCAGCGACACAGGCACAAGCCAGAUCGACAAGGAAUGAUUUCCCGCCUCCUGCUGCCUCGCGGUCCAUGGCUUCGCUACAGCCACAGCAGCAGCAGCGGCAAACCAGCCGUACCAUCACGCCUGAUCAGAGUCUAAGCUCCUUUGGUGCUUUGACGCCUCAGAGUCAGUUCUCGCAGCCUCUACAGCCUAGUCGGACGGGCGGUACGGGUGGUAUGCCGCUUCGGCCAUCGAUAACGCAGCAGCAGCCGCCACCUCAUCCAGCCAGUGGUGGCAGUGGUGGGGUGGGAGGAAUAGAUUGGUCGGCAGCUAAGAACGACACUGCUACGAACUGGAGCGCGCAACGGCCACCGAGCUCGAACGCGGCAGGCUUUGCGUUACCGCCUCCGCCUUUGAGCCCGCCAGCUGUGGGUCAUGCUCGGGGUAACGUGAAUGGGCACAAUACCGCUGCUGCUACACCGCCUGGUGCGCAGAAAAGUGGGUUGGAUAGGUAUGAGAGUCUGCUGUAG